AUGUUCGUGACCGCCUUCCUGUGCCGCAAUCGCAUUCCUGGAAGACAGUGGAUCGGGAAGCACCGGAGGCCCCGGCCUGUGUCUUUCCUUUCGAAACAGAGAAUGAUCCGUCGCCUGGAAAUUGAGGCAGAAAAUCAUUACUGGCUGAGCAUGCCCUACCUCACCGCAGAGCAGGAGUAUGGCCACGCUGCAGCACGCAGGGAGGCCGCCUUCGAGGCCAUCAAGGCGGCUAACUUUUCAAACUUUCUCUCGCACAGAUUUGUUGCAGACCAACUCCAGCAUCUCAGUGUCACCAAGAAAUGGUCCUAA